AUGACGAACCAGGGAGAAUCAUCCUCGGCUGCUUCCGAUCCGUGCGGAUUUUCCCCUCAACUUAUUUAAGUUUUUGGUUGAUUUGUCGUCGAAUUUCUUUACGAUCCGGACCGUAUGGGUGUUCCUUCUCAGGAAAGGGGGGAAAAAAGACUUCUCGACGGCGAUUUUGGAGCGGAAGAAGGCCGCGAACCGGCUGAUCGUCGAUGAGGCUCUCAAUGAUGACAACUCGGUGGUUUCCUUGCACCCGGAAACGAUGGAGAAGUUGCAGCUAUUUCGGGGUGACACAGUACUCAUCAAGGUAGUGGCGUUUGUCUCCGUUAUGUCCAAUUUUACCGUAUUUUCCUCGAUUGGAAUGAUCAGAGGCUCUGUCAUGCUAAAUCGCGUGAAAGGAAAAAAACCUAGGGUUUAUGGGUUUCAAGUACCUUGGGUUUCGGCAGGGCUGGGUUUGAUUCUUUUUCAAUUUUUCCGUGGUUAGUUUUAUUUUUUCCCCUUAGCUGGUGAUUUAUUGUAUCUUUUAUCGACGACGCGAUAUAAAUUGAAACGUCUGAGCUUACGAAAUGGUGAAGAGUUUUGCUUUGUGGGAUGUACCUCGUGAAUGGAGCUUUCGCCGGUUUCUGGAACACUUCAACGGCUCCCAUUCACAAUCUUGAUGUUUUCAAUAUCCUGACGAAUUUGGGCAUCUUCGAUUUAGCACUUGCAUGGGAGCAUACCUUUUUCCUUUUCAUUUUAAUUUCGUGCUUGUUACCUUGAGAAAAUAAUUUCAUCGGUUCUCCAUGUUUUGGGAAUCGGGCGUUUAAUUUCUAUAUGCCAUCUUCAUAUUUAAACAAAAAGUUGGGUUAAUUUCAGGGAAAGAAGAGAAAGGAUACUAUUUGCAUCGCUCUUGCUGAUGAUACAUGUGAGGAACCAAAAAUCAGGAUGAAUAAAGUUGUCAGAUCCAAUCUACGGGUUCGGCUUGGUGAUGUGAUUUCAGUGCAUCAGUGCCAAGAUGUCAAAUAUGGAAAAAGGGUUCAUAUAUUACCUCUUGACGAUACAAUUGAGGGAAUAACCGGGAAUCUUUUUGAUGCAUACUUGAAACGUGAGUUUACUGUUCUCGUUGUUUUUUUGUAUUAUCCUUAUUUUUUCUUAAUGACAUUUUACUCGUGCGUUAUGCAUGCACAUUGCAUCUAUGGAAACUGUAAACAUAUUUAUCUCAUGUUUAGUUGAACAUACAUUGAGAGUGUCAUCAGCCUUGUCACUACAUGGUCAAACUCAAUCAUAUUUGUGCUUCGUGCUCAUCAUCAGUUGUGUAGCUUUUUGGACGUCUCUUGUCAAUGCCUCCUGCUGACCGAUUUGCAAGUCUUGUUAAAAAGAAGGUUAAGUUAUUUAGCACCCCAUAAAGAAGAGGUCAUUUUUUUCCGUUGUGUGAUAUUUGGGGUUUUAUAUUAUAAUAUGCUCUUCACUGUUACCUUCAUCGUGAAAAAUACUUUCCAAUAGGCAUAUAUGCCUUUGGGCACAAUCAACCACGUUGCCUACCCAGACAGUUUAUAUGGGUUAGUUUGUUUUUUUCUUUUUUCUAUGAAUGAUCGCACAGUGUUAGCAGAGUUUGGCUUCCUUUGCGGUACUCAUAGCCAUCAAUAGUUAAGAAUACUUUCGUCAUGUUGCUAUCAAAACGUUUUUAUCCAUCACCAUAUUUCUUUCAAAGUAUCUAAUGUGUGAGGGAAAAAACUCACUGUACAUGCUAAGAAUCUUUGGGUGGACUAUUACGGCCUGGAUAUUUUACGUAAUCUGUCCUUGAUAUUAAAUGCAUUAUGUGAUCUAGUCAAUGGCUUUGCUUUCGAAUUACGGUUUGAAACAUAUCACUCAGAAUCACGAAUCUCUAUGAUAAUUUCCCAAAAGCUUGUUCCUACAUAUUGUCGAGUUUUUAAAAAUGCAUACGUGUAGGGUUACGAUUGACUUAUGGUUGAGAUGUUUUCGUGGAACAGUAUUGAAAUCUCUCUAGGUUAUUCACAUUUUAAAAAAAUCAUGAAGAGGGAGAGAAAGGGGGGUGGGGGGGUGGGGGGUGGGUUCGAAAUCGGAUUGAUGGGGGGGAUUCCUCUGCAAACAAUGGACUUAAACUGAACCAUCAUGUAUGCCUUCGCAGAGGAUUGACAAAACUGUUUUAUUUUUCUUAGAUAGUUGGAUUUUCUUUUCCCUUUAGAUUGUAUAUCGUAGAAUCUGUAUUGCUGCCAACCAUUGUUUUUGGAUUUUUGGGGAUAUGAUAAUGUUACCUAAAAUGCAGCAAUGUUUCCUUCCCAGAAUUUGAAAGGAAAGGGUGUUUACACGUGGGAUGAGCUCUUUGCUCCUUAUUUAGGAGAUACUCAAACUUUUGUCCAGGAUAUGAACGGAUGUACUAGUUCCAUCCUAUGUGCUUAUUUCAUGUCUGAAUCUAAUUCUACAUUUAAUUCUACAUUAAAUGUGCAAAAAUUAGUGAUUUUGAAUCGGUCGAGUGUAGUGGGUUUUGGAUCUCCUAACAGAAGAUAUUCGAGAAACAACUCUAAAUCCUCAAGAGACAUGUUUAUCUACGUGUGGAGGUGGCUCCCUGCCCUCCCAAUUCAAUUCCUCAUUCCCUACGGUAUACAUAAAUAGCCUUUAGUUGGAAGUUGUCUUCUGAUAGCCAUAAGUUGGUCUUUGUUCCAUUUUACAUGUCAACAGAAAUAGUUUAAUUGAAAGCUCACCAUGCUACUACGGACUCCCCUGAAACUGUCUGCCCUUGAUGAAGGUACUUGUGGGGGUACUAGUAAUUAUUGUAUUAAUCUCACUCUCAAGUCUAGUAGCUGGCAAUUUUUAGAAAAUUUUAGAUAUUAUGUGGAGAAGGCUAGUGGGCUUAAAGCCCUUUAAGUCUACGAGCUCCAGUUUUCUCAGGCCUACUAACCCUUUAAUGCCAUGUCGAGGCCUCAUAAGUGAGCUGCCCCUGCCCUAGUAACUCUUCACCUACCUUCACCAGAUCAUGCUUGAAGAUCUUUCGUGAGUCUUGAAAGACAAACAUUGGAAAACCAUCUGGCCUCUGAUCCUAUUUCCAGCCAAAGGAAAAAAAUCUCUCUCCACCUCCUUAGAUUAAAAUGGUUACGACAAAGUUCAGUUCCUUCGGCCUUAGAUGGUCUGGGCAAGACGUCCGGUGCCCUCUACUCCUUCCGUAUUGUAGGUUGCCCAGUUUCUUUGCUCGAGUCGGGUCCCAUCAGUCACUGGAUUCAUCCUUUUCUCUUCUGUUACAGCUUACUUCUUGGAAGCAUACCGUCCACUGCGAAAGGGGGAUCUUUUCCUUGUGAGAGGAGGCAUGAGGAGCGUGGAGUUCAAGGUGAUCGAGACUGAUCCGUCCGAGUACUGCGUGGUCGCCCCCGACACAGAGAUCUUCUGCGAGGGGGAGCCGGUAAAGAGGGAAGAUGAGGACAGGCUCGAUGAAGUUGGCUACGAUGAUGUAGGAGGCGUGAGGAAGCAGAUGGCCCAGAUCAGAGAGCUCGUUGAGCUCCCUCUCAGGCACCCUCAGCUCUUCAAGUCGAUUGGUGUCAAGCCGCCAAAAGGGAUCCUCCUCUUCGGGCCGCCGGGUUCUGGGAAGACUCUGAUUGCCCGGGCGGUGGCAAACGAAACGGGGGCCUUCUUCUUCUGCAUCAAUGGGCCUGAGAUCAUGUCGAAGCUGGCCGGAGAGAGUGAGAGUAACCUCAGGAAGGCGUUCGAAGAGGCGGAGAAGAACGCGCCGUCAAUCAUCUUCAUCGACGAGCUCGACUCGAUCGCCCCAAAGAGAGAGAAGACCCAUGGAGAGGUUGAGAGGCGGAUCGUCUCUCAGCUGUUGACCUUGAUGGACGGCCUGAAGUCUCGGGCCCAUGUGAUCGUGAUCGGGGCGACCAAUCGGCCCAACAGCAUCGACCCAGCUCUGAGGAGGUUCGGCAGGUUUGACCGGGAGAUCGACAUCGGCGUCCCGGACGAGAUCGGACGGCUUGAAGUCCUCCGCAUUCACACGAAGAACAUGAAGCUUUCCGACGACGUAGGGGUUCCCCUUUACUGUCUACCUGUGGAGGCCUUCUCUCUCCCUGAUUCUUUCGAAACUAAGCUUGGAAGGAGAAGCUGAAGGCUGUGUCUCCUCGCGCAGGUUGAUUUGGAAAGAAUCUCCAAGGACACCCAUGGCUAUGUCGGCGCCGACCUGGCGGCUCUCUGCACCGAAUCGGCUCUCCAGUGCAUCAGAGAGAAGAUGGACAUCAUCGACCUGGAGGACGAGACGAUCGACGCUGAGAUACUCAACUCCAUGGCCGUCACCAACGAGCACUUCAAGACGGCUCUGGUCACCAGCAACCCCUCCGCCCUUCGCGAAACCGUAAGUUUCCCGGCGCCCCCACAUGAUUGAUUCCUGCUGCGUUUCUUCUUGGUGGAUCUUUUGCUUCUUUUGGGAAAAGGCCUGAACCCAUUUCGAUGGUCAACAGGUUGUGGAGGUGCCCAACGUCAGCUGGGACGACAUCGGUGGCCUCGAGAACGUCAAGAGGGAACUCCAGGAGGUAAUCCAGCCACCAAGCUGCUCUUUUUCUUCUAUUCUCACCAUCCACCCAUAGUCUCUGUCACUUACUUCUUCUUCUUCGCAGACUGUUCAGUAUCCAGUGGAGCACCCGGAGAAGUUUGAGAAGUUCGGCAUGUCUCCGUCGAAGGGGGUGCUCUUCUACGGCCCUCCCGGGUGUGGGAAGACCCUCCUAGCGAAAGCCAUAGCCAACGAGUGCCAGGCCAACUUCAUCAGUGUCAAAGGCCCUGAGCUCCUGACGAUGUGGUUCGGAGAGAGCGAGGCCAACGUCCGUGAAAUCUUCGACAAAGCCCGACAGUCCGCCCCCUGCGUCCUCUUCUUCGACGAGCUCGAUUCCAUCGCCACCCAGGUUCUUUCAUCUCUCGCUCGCUCCCAUUGUUCGCACUGAAUCAUCCCUCCCGAUCGGUUCUUCACCGGGUACCUGCACCUGUUUCUGUUUCAGAGAGGGAGCAGCGUCGGGGACGCCGGCGGCGCCGCCGACCGGGUUCUGAACCAGCUGCUGACGGAGAUGGACGGGAUGACGGCGAAGAAGACGGUGUUCAUCAUCGGCGCUACCAACAGGCCAGACAUCAUCGACCCGGCUUUGCUCCGCCCCGGGCGCUUGGACCAGCUGAUCUACAUCCCCCUCCCCGACGAGGCCUCGCGGUUGCAGAUCUUCAGGGCCUGCCUGAGGAAGUCCCCCAUCGCCAAGGACGUUGACCUCUCGGCCCUCGCCAAGUACACCCAGGGCUUCAGCGGCGCCGAUAUCACCGAGAUCUGCCAGCGGGCCUGCAAGUACGCCAUCAGAGAGAACAUCGAGAAGGUAAUCCAUCACCAUCAUCAUCAUCUUCUUCUUCUUCUUCUUGUUUUUCUUCUGGUUAAUCUUCCUCUUGCGGGGGCAGGAUAUCGAGAGGGAGAAGAGGAGGAGCGAGAACCCGGAGGCGAUGGAGGAGGACGUGGCGGAUGAGGUGGCGGAGAUCAAGGCCGUCCACUUCGAGGAAUCCAUGAAGUACGCUCGCCGGAGCGUCAGCGACGCCGACAUCCGCAAGUACCAGGCCUUCGCGCAGACGCUGCAGCAGUCGAGGGGGUUCGGCACCGAGUUCCGCUUCUCCGAGCGCUCCGAGGCUCCCGCCGGCGGCGCUGCCGCCGAGCCCUUCGGGUCCGCCGGCGCCGCCGCAGACGACGACGACCUUUAUAGCUAG